UAUUUCUGCCAAAGGGGAGAAGUAAUUAUAGCACCGCCGCUGCCAGCUGGCCCAGCUUUGCGAUCCAGCAGAGAGGGCUGGAGACAAAGGCCGCAGCAGACCUAGCCCCACAGGCAGGCGGUGGCACCUCCAGACCAGAGCCCUCGCAAGGAGGCCUGGGCAGGCCUGGCCCAUCCACCUGUGUGCCCUGCAGUCCUGUCUGAGGCUCAGCUCUCAAGGGCCUGGGGGUGGGUGUUACCGGCCGGGAGGGGCCAGGACCUCACUGGACUGUGCCCCGCAGAGAGGCCCCGAAGAGCCUGUUUCUGUCCCUCAGAGAGCCAGGAAAGAGCCAGGACCAUGUUCCAGUAGAUGAGGACUGCGGCAAGAGCCUUGGGCCCCGACUCCCGGCGAGAGACGCCACGUCAGACCAGGGAGAAUGAGGAGGCCGUGUGGCGCCCACGGGGGUGUGCGGCGCAGAGGGAGGACAACAGGAGGUGCCCCCACUCCAUCCUGAAACGGAGCCGGCCGGAGCACCGCUGCCCAGGGCCCGAACCCCAGAGGACCUCGAGGCGCGUGCGGUUCCGAGAGCCCCCAGAGGUGACCAUCCACUACAUUGCUGUCAGGGACGCCACGGCCACAGUCAAGGCGCCUGGCCGGCCCAGGCCACACGGCGGCUCCCUGCUCCUGCGGCUGUGCGUGUGUGUCCUGCUCGUGGUGGCCCUGGGCCUGUACUGUGGCCGGUCUAAGCCCGUGGCAACGGCGCUGGAGGACCUGCGGGCCUGGCUCCUCGGCCUUGUCCUGCACCUGCGGCAUGUGGUCCUCACUGGCUGGCGUGGCCUGCUGUGGCUCUGACAUGGGGGAUGGGCAAGGCUUCCGGGAAAGCCCCAGCACCCUGGGGCUCCGAGACAGCCCAAGCCCUGGCCCUGCUGCUUGGUGAAUUGUGGGGGCUGGAGGGGCUGCUGCCUGGGGCUGACUGAGAACAGGGGGGCCCCUGGCAUGAGAGCGGACAUUGGGGCACAGCGGGCAGCCCCGCCACACCUGUCAGCACAGCGCCCCGUCUCCUGUGUUGGGUCCACGUGAGAUUUUACUAGAAAGAGGAUCCUACUGCUAACAUUGGGGGCCUCCAUGCUGGGGCUCCCCAGGCUCGACCAAAGACCCCUUCCUCACCCCAGCAGGCACUCCUGCAGCGGCUGGGGCCUGGCCUGGCUGCCCUCUUGAGGAGGACAUACGGCCUGUGUCCUGUGUCCAAGGGGCUGCUGGAAGGAGGCAAACCCAGCCUUUCUGCUACUAGGGCCUGGGGGGACCCAGACCUCGAAACCCCAUCUUGUUGUCAAGGUGGGUCCCUUAGAGGUGAGGUACCAUCCUCUGAGCCCAGGUCUGACCCUCUACUCAGCCCCAUGAGUCUGGAGAGGCCCCAGGGGAGGACUCCUCAUCAGGGGUGGCUUCAGGCAUAGAAGCCAAGGCGACGGCAAGGGGCCUGGACACUCCCGGCCUCCGGGUCAUGGGCAUCUGUGCUCAGUUCUAUGGGUCCAAACACCCCCAGCCUUCAGAAUACAGCCAUGUGCGCCCAGCUCUGCAGGCCGGGGACACCCAACAGAGCCCGGAACCAGCCAUCGCCACCCAGCAGCUGGGGCUUAUGGGUCCCGGUGACCGUCCGUGAUUGUGGCUUUAUCACCAGAUUGCAGAGCUGAAGUCACCAGUGGGUGACAAACACCAGGGGCCCCUCCAGAGCCUACAUGGGGGGAGGGCUGAACAAAGCAGGGAAGCCUGCAGUUAGACACCAGGCAGAACUGCCCAGGAGAGACACAGGGGCAAUCAGACCAGUGUCCUCGGGGCUGGCCUGAGAGGCGGGGCAUGGCGGACGACCCCCCCAGUGGUUCCUCUGUCUGUCCCACCACCAAGCUGGGAGACCCUGUUCUAUUAAAACGCUGUGGCCUCCUUCAGUACUGGAGUUAGUACAGAAACAAGAGAAGCCAGAACAGGUGUGCUAGGGGACAGCCUCCGUGAGCAGAGCAGAUGUCCUGGGUCCCUGGAAGCACCCGUCUCCUGCAGGCCCGCGGGUGGGCGCAUCUCCCCAGUGCGGGGCUUACCAAGCCCCUGGGUCUUGAGGGACGUCCCAAUGGGGCGUGACACAUCCUUUGUCAGGGCGUGUCCCCCACCCAGGUCCAGGGAACAGGCGCCAUGGACUCCAGGGUCACUGCUAGCUUUGGAAUCCAGGGAGCCGAGUUUCGGGUGGAGACCACAAAAGGGGCUGUUUCCAGAAGUGGCCCAGAAGGGACCAGGUGGAGGCUGCCCAGACCCUCCAGCAUCACGCGCUCCCCAGUCACCACAGCACCAUCUACCCAGACCCAGCCCAUCUC